GUCAAGAGGUUUCUCUGGGAUGCUGGCCUUCUAGGCAGAGUACCUGUCUCCAGUCUCCUCUUCACUGUUGUUGUUAUCUAUCUAAUGCUCAUCAUAUCCCCUAAAGUUCAUGUCCGUCUGUAUCCCCUGAAGCUCAUCGUGUCCGUCUGUAUCCCCUAAAGCUCAUCGUGUCCGUCUGUAUCCCCUAAAGCUCAUCGUGUCCGUCUGUAUCCCCUAAAGCUCAUCGUGUCCGUCUGUAUCCCUUAAAGCCCAUCGUAUCCCCUAAAGCGCACGGUGUCUCCCUGUAACCCCUAAAGCGCCCCGUGUUCGUCUGUAUCCCCUGAAACUAACUGUAAAUACACAGUAACAGACCAGAACACAUACUUCAUUCCUACAAAGACCUCCCACCCGCCUGAGCCUCCUUUAGCUUCCGAGUGUGGCGCCACACCCCUUUAUUUAUUAUGCAAAUGUAACGGUUUUCAUGUAGAUUUCUCAUCGCCUACUACCUCUAAUCACGGCAUGAAAAUUUUAUUGGGCUCAACCGUUUCUGCAAGUCGUUUUGAAUAAAUGAAGUGUUAAUUCAUUGUGGAUUCAUUUAUUUUGGUAACGACUGUGUACAAGGUGACGGUGGUUAAAUCAAUGUGUUUAGUGCUCAUCUGGCGGGUGGUAAUGAUAUAGGUUGAGGGGGUAUCAUGGCGUCUAGGGGUUAAUAUGAGCGAACAGGAUAACACAUACAGGCCAGUGUACCAACGGUAUUACAUCCGGAAAUCAACUUCUCCUACCGUGCGUCCGAAAAGGCACCCCCAUCCCUAUAUAGUGAAUGUCAGAACGGAGCACCGUGGGCACUCGUGUAGGCCGGGGAAUAGGGAGCCGUUUUACAUGCACGAAUUCUCGUGUGGUCAUUCAAUGUUCUGGAUUUAGUCCCACCUUCGAUGUGCUGCGACAAAAAUAACAUGUUCAGGUAACUUUAUGAAGUUCAGAGCUGGUCACAAAUUUAAAAAAAAGGUCAUUCGAUUUGCUCUUAUUUAGCUGGAAUGCUGAGAACAUAUUUCGUUUGGAAUCAAAUCUUUGGCUAUGGAUAUCCAUUUAGAUUCAUUCAUAUAAAUAUGGCGCAUCGAUUUUCAUUGUGUCUAUAAUUAAACUGGCUCCACUGUUCAUUGCACCAAGAAUUUGCUAUUUAAAUAUUUAGGCUAUUUCGCCCGGUAAAGUCAGAGGGCAGACAGACCCCCCCCCCCCUCUCUCUCGCUCUCUUUCUCUGCAUUUAGGAGAGUUGCAAUCCCGAGGGCGGCGCGAGAUAUUACUCCGGUUCUGUGUUGUAUAUUGCUUGAUGAUCGCCUUACUCUACAACCCUUCUGCUCAUAUCAAUUCAAUAUUUCAAUAAACUAAAGUGACUGUCGGGGUCUCCUUUUUUUUCUCCAAAUACACGUUUUGAUUCAGAGGCCGUUUUGGACAAAUGCUUCAAAUAAUUGAUGUGCAUAAUGACUAGACUGCAGGCCUAUGACGCCCAUUUCCGGCCUCGCACCAUUUUAUUCGCAUUGUUUUUCCUUUAAGGAAUCCAAAUAGAAUGCAUUGUCUUAAGGGAUACGCACGUCAGUAGGCUAUGACUUGGAAUAGCCUUUGUUGAAUAUAUUUGAGAAAUUAUGUCUGUGAAGAAAAUUAAAUCAGUUGUCUGCCAAAAAAAGAUGACAGUAAAUAUUGCAACAAACAAAAGAAAAAACGGAUGUGAAUUUCUAUGAACGAAAAGCAUAAACAACCAAAUAUCAGGCAUUCAAAUUGAACAAAACAUCCAAGCUCGAGCUACAGGUGUUGAAAACCCGUGCGUGUCCGUCUCCUGGCUGGAGGCUGAGAGCCGUAAAUAAAACGCACGCGCCGCGCCGGUCUCCUUUCCUCUCCAGUUAACCACUAACUGCUUGAAGCUGUUCGCUUGUUAUCUGACAGGGCUGGCUGGCUGCAAUGUUCAUGCACCAUGUCUCGCGAGAGAAGCCGAGCUCCGCUUGACGAGAUCUGAGACACUCAGGUGUAAGAGCCCUUCUCUCAUCCCUCUCGGCAGCCAGUGGGAACAGUAGACGGCAGAUAAGUGCGUCGGCCUGGGAGACUGCAGGCAUCUCUGACUGUGUGAUCUUCGUGCUCAAGGCUGAUCCGGCUGUAUUGCAUCAUUACUGGACCACUGUCUAUGACUAGGCUACUACAUCUUUCCAUUGCGUCAAUUUUAGCCCCUUUACUCUUUAAAGAAAAACAGUCGCAAAGAUGAUGUCAAUGAAUAGCAAACAGCCACACUUCGCCAUGCAUCCGAGCUUACCUGAGCACAAAUACACCACUCUGCAUUCCAGCUCGGAAGCAAUAAGGAGAGCCUGUCUGCAAGCUCCACAGCUGCAGAGUAACAUAUUCGCCAGCCUGGAUGAGACCCUCCUGGCCCGCGCCGAAGCUCUGGCUGCCGUGGACAUCGCAGUGUCCCAGGGCAAGACGCACCCUUUCAAACCGGAUGCCACCUACCACACCAUGAACAGCGUGCCAUGCUCUUCCAACACCACGGUGCCACUGGCCCACCACCACCACCAUCACCACCACCACCACCACCCCAACAUGGAACCCCCCGACCUCAUGGACCACAUUAACUCCCCGUCCUUAGCUCUCAUGUCCAGCCACGACGGCUCCGGGGGCGGGGGUGGAGGAGGUGGUGGCGGGCUGAUCUCCACCUCUGCUCACCCCCACCCUCACUCACACAUGCAUGGCUUGAGCCACCUCUCGCACCAGGCCGCUAUGAACAUGAAUUCCCCUCUCACCCACCACGGUCUUUUACCUGGACAUCAUGGAGGGGGCCAGGGCGGGCCAGGACUCAAUAACAACGGCCUUUCCUCUAUCAAUGACUCGGACACUGAUCCCAGGGAACUAGAGGCAUUCGCGGAGCGCUUCAAGCAGAGGCGAAUCAAGCUGGGGGUGACCCAGGCGGACGUUGGCAAUGCGCUGGUUAACCUGAAGAUACCCGGCGUUGGAUCGCUAAGCCAAAGCACCAUUUGUCGGUUCGAAUCGUUGACUCUGUCCCAUAACAACAUGAUAGCGCUUAAACCCAUCCUUCAGGCGUGGCUCGAGGAGGCCGAGGGUGCGCAGAGAGAGAAACUCAACAAACCUGACAUUUAUAGCGGAGGGGAAAAGAAACGGAAGAGAACGUCGAUAGCGGCACCAGAAAAGAGAUCUUUGGAGGCUUACUUCGCCGUACAACCUCGCCCGUCGUCCGAGAAGAUAGCAGCUAUCGCUGAAAAGUUGGACCUGAAAAAGAACGUGGUUCGAGUAUGGUUUUGCAACCAAAGACAAAAACAGAAACGGUUAAAAUUCUCCGCUUGCCACUGACUAUAGGCUAUUGAUGCGUUAUAAAAAAAAAAAACAAGAAAAAUGUUGAGACUGAAUUUGGGGACCAAGGUCUUCUUUUGUCGCCGACGGGUUUACAACUUGGGUGCAAAAAAAACAAUGACCAUUAGAUACUACGCACAUUUUAUGAAGCUUCAUAUAUCGGUUUUAGUUUAUUUUCACGUUAUUGGUGAAUGUGAAGUAUGCAAAUAUCCGAAAACCCUCCAGAGGAAACUCGCGCCGUGGUUCACCCUCCAGAGGAAACUCGCGCCGUGGUUCUGAGAAGAAACGAUCAACUUUGCCUUUUUAAAAAACAUUGUGGGAAUAAAAAGUUAAUUUGCUUUAGCGAGUUAUUUGAUUUGAAAUAUUAUAUAGCCAUUUACGAAUUACCUCAUUGUUGAACUCUUUUGGUUUGGUUAAUUUAUAAUAAGCUUAUAUACAAUUAUUUAUUUACCUAUUUCUGUAUUUAUUUGUGAUAACAUUGUGGGGGGCUGCUGUGAACUCUGUUUAAAAUAAUGUAGCAAACUGAAUUAAAACAAGAAUCCCAAUAGUGCUUUGCCUGAAUGAUAUGAUCGUCCUUUCGCUUCUGAAUGUGACAGUCAAAGCUAUUCAAUUAUCACAUUUAUUUACAAUUUGCACUAACAUUUAGGCAGUCAUUUGUUUUGUUUAUAUCGGUUAUUAUUAGGUCCAAAUGGUUUUGUGUAAU